AUGGUUGGAACGCGGCUCCUUGGCGCGCGUGCCUUCGCGCCGGCGCUGGGGCGCACGCAGCGUGGCCUCGCCGCUCAUGUGGUGGCCAAGGCGGCCGGCGGUGGCAAGGCAAACAAGUCCAAGGGCAAGAAGGACGAGGGCGGUCCCUACACGGCCACGGUCAAGGUGCCGGUGACCGAAUUCAGCCUGCGCGCCAACAGCGUGGUCCGGGAGCCGGAGAUCCAAUCCUACUGGGCGCAGAACCGCGUAUACGAGUCGCUGGCAGAGACCAACACGGGGGAGCCUUACACCCUCCAUGAUGGGCCGCCCUACGCCAACGGGGACCUGCACACCGGCCACGCCCUCAACAAGAUCCUGAAGGACAUCAUCAACCGCUACCAACUGCUGCGGGGCCGCCGCGCGCGCUUCGUGCCCGGCUGGGACACACACGGGCUGCCGAUUGAGCUGAAGGUGCUGCAGGGCAUGAAGGAGGCGGAGCGGCGCGGGCUGGACACGCUGGGGCUGCGGGCCAAGGCGCGGGAGUACGCGCUGGACCAGGUGGACCGCCAGCGGGAGCAGUUCAAGAGGUGGGGCGCGGGGAGGGGGUGA